AUUUUGCUGUAUUCCUACUUUUCUUAUGCUAUGUCCUCUUCUCUGUUUCCCUCUUCGUGUCAGCUUCAGGGACAAUUUAAUCUAAACAGAAUGCAGAAGAGUGGAGAUGUCAUCCUGGGUGGACUGUUUCCAGUCCACUUUUUCUCAAGCAUUCCUGACCUGUCUUUUACCUCACAGCCACAACAACCUUCUUGCCACGGUUUCUAUGUUCAGGGGUUUAGGCAAGCACAAACCAUGGCUUUUGCAAUUGAUGAGAUCAACAACAACUCCAGCUUGCUACCUAAUGUGACGUUGGGAUACACCCUUUAUGAUAAUUGCGUUGAACUUGGAAUUGGAUUCCGUGGAGCAUUUUCAUUAGUCAGUGGUCAAGAGGAACAGAUUAUAUUACACAGUACAUGUGUUGGAAAUCCUCCAGUUGUAGGGAUUGUGGGUGAUUCUUCCUCUACACGUUCUAUUGCUAUCUCCAGCAUCUUAGGUUUGUACAGAGUACCCAUGGUGAGUUAUUUUGCCACAUGUUCCUGUUUGAGUGACCGUCAAAAGUAUCCAUCCUUCUUUAGGACGAUCCCAAGUGAUGCUUUCCAGGUACGUGCAAUGAUUCAGAUUCUAAAAUAUUUUGGCUGGACUUGGGCAGGUCUGCUCAUCACUGAUGAUGAUUAUGGACUUCAUGCAGCCAGAUCCUUACAAUCUGAGCUGAGUGUGUCUGGAGAAGGUUGCCUUGCCUACAUUGAGGUUUUACCUUGGGACAAAGACACUGAUGAACUCAGGAGGAUUGUGAAUGUGAUGAAAAAAUCAACAGCUCGUGUGGUCAUUGCAUUUGUACAUGAGAGUCACAUGAUAAACCUUAUAGAAGAGGUAGCCAAGCAGAAUGUAACAGGUCUACAGUGGUUGGCCAGUGAAGGUUGGACAGCAACAGCUGCUGUGCUUCAAACAACUAAGUUCAUGCCAUACCUGGGUGGUACAUUGGGCAUUGCUAUUCGUCGAGGAGAAAUACCAGGGCUCAGGGAAUUCCUAUUAAAAAUACGUCCUGACCUACAUCACAAUACUAACUAUGGAAAUAGCAUGGUGAAUGAGUUUUGGGAAUUUACAUUUCAGUGUAGAUUUGCUCCAGCUCCAGCAGGUUGGCUGGAAGGUGGAGGUGCACUAUGCACUGGACAGGAAGAUCUAGAAAAUUUUGAUACUGAGUUCUUGGACAUUUCCAACCUCCGGCCUGAGUAUAAUGUGUAUAAAGCUGUUUAUGCCCUGGCAUAUUCCCUUGAUGACAUGCUGCGGUGCAAGCCAGGAAGAGGGCCUUUCAGUGGGCACAGCUGUGCCACUCUGCAAUCACUUGAGCCAUGGGAGCUUCUUUAUUACUUGGAAAGGGUAAACUUCACCACUCCAUUCGGUGAUCAAGUGUCAUUUGAUAAAAAUGGUGAUGUUGUGCCAAUUUACGAUGUGAUGAACUGGUUGUGGCUCCCUGAUGGAAGCACUGAAGUUCAUAAUGUGGGUGAGGUUAAGGGGUCAGCUUUCAAAGGUGAAGAAAUCCUACUUGAUGAAGACAAAAUCUUCUGGAACUUUAAUUCCAAAAAGCCAGUUCAAUCGGUAUGCAGUGAGAGCUGUCCACCUGGUACCCACAUGGUGAGAAGGAAGGGGGAACCUAAAUGCUGUUUUGACUGCAUCCCUUGUUCUGAGGGAAAAAUCAAUAACAAAGGCAACUCCUUGGAAUGCACCAGUUGUCCAGAGGAUUUUUGGUCAAACCCCCAGCGUGACCACUGUGUUCCAAAGAAGACAGAGUUUCUGUCCUACCAUGAGCCUUUGGGCAUUUGUUUGACAGCAACCUCACUGCUGGGCACAUGUACAUGUGCUGUUGUUCUAGGGAUCUUUUUCUACCAUCACAGAACACCCAUAAUACGUGCCAAUAAUUCAGAACUUAGUUUCCAGCUAUUGCUGUCACUCAAGUUAUGCUUUCUUUGUUCACUGCUGUUC